AUGGGAUUUCGAGAGAAGAUGAAGAGAGCUCUCUUCAGCUCCCAUCUUCACCCCUUCACCAUGGCGAAAUCAUCGAAAACAGCUAAACCCUCCUCCAGGCUGGCUGUACGGCUCGAGGAAGCCAGAGAACACACGACAGGCCUUCCAAAGGGACAGAAGCAGGCGUCUCCAGCAGCUCGACAACGCGAAGUGACGCCUACCCCGACGAGCUCGCAGACAGCUCCGGCUCGCUCGUUCACGAAGUCGGUCCGCUCGAGCAUCAUCAAAUCGCUCACGUUCAGACGGCCGUCGAAGCGGAAGACAGAAGAGCAGUGGCCGAAGAUAGAACUAUACAAGGCCCACGAAGUCCCGCGGCCGAAAUACCGUGGGCCGGUCGACCGGAAACAUAUGGCCAGUCUCGCGGCAUACACCAUCGUGACGGCGACGAAGCUGCAUCGACGACGGUCAAUCGACUCGCACAUCUGUCCCCUCGAUACGCAGACGCCGUCGAGAGCAGAGAGCGCCGGCGACGCUCACUCUCUGGCCGCAACGACCAUAACCAGGCGUCCCGGCGACGCUGACGAGUCUUCGCAAGACGAGGAUUCAAACGCGACUUCGAUACUCAGCUCGGAUGGAGGAGUUAAUAUCAGCUCGUCUACCCUCCUCACCUCUCACUCUCACUCGACGGAGGAAGAGCAGCAUCCGCGGUGGCCAGAGACGAGACUGAAGCGGACGACGGCGUUCACGGCGACGGACCUACACGACGCAUUGGACGCCAUUGAAACAUGA